CAUCACAUCUCAGGUUCUGUCCGUGUUUCCUGUUAUAAUGAGCUCCACUCUUCAGGGAAUGUUUCUAUUAGAUUUGGGGGUGUAGCUGUGGGGAUUAAUGUUCAUUCAGCUACAGAAGCUUUAGUGAGGUCAGAAUGUUGAGAGACUGCGGCGGCUCCAGAUUCAGUUUAUACCGAAGCUGUUCAGUGUGUUUGAGAAGUUCAGGGUUUUUGUGCAGGACAAUUGAGUUUGUCCACUUCAACCUUCACACACUCUCUUCAUGCAGCUGACUUUGUGCACACGGGUUUGUCAUGCUGGAACAGUGUUUAAAUCUUUUUGUUCUAGUGAUAAAAUAGUAAAUCUGCAGCAAACAAACACUUUCUAAUUCAAAUUAAAAUUUGAUUGGUCACAUACACAUUCAUACAGAGUACAACCAAUCAAAAUCAGACCCCAGUUUCAAAGCAUCCAAUCAGAGGUGAGUCUGAAUCUGCUUUUACACUGCACACACGAGUUCACUCCCUCACUAUCACUUCAUCUGAACAGGAACAAUGAUCUCACUCUUUGUAGCUCUGUGUCUCUUUACAUCAGUGAAACCUUCUAACAUCAAGGAGCUUCAGGUUCAGAAAGUAACGUGUGGAGAAAGUGUUACUAUAAAAUGUGACUUGUCCAGUGAUAAUGUUUCAGUUUGGUAUAAACAGGAUUUUGGAAGUCCUCAGAUGGUAGUGAGACGAGCUCAUAGCCAAAUCAGACCUGGUGAAGGAUUUACAGAUGGACGCUUCAGUAUUAGUGAUAAUCAGUUUAUUCUCACCAUUAAAGACCUGAAAGAAGAGGAUACAGGAACAUAUUUCUGUGCAGAAGUGCUGAAAUCUUCACUAAUCUUUGGAUCUGGAACCCUUUUGAUUGUUGAAGCUGAGGAGAUGAAACGACUUCCUCCGACUGUAACGCUGAUGGAGAACGGAGACUCGCUCACACUCCAGUGUUCAGUACAAGAGUUUACUUCAAGCUGUGGAGACCAGAGUGUGUACUGGUUCAGACACGACUCAGAAGAAUCUCCUCCAGGAAUCGUUUACACUCAUGGAGACGGCAGUGAUGAGUGUAAGAAGAACUCUGAGGCUGGUUCUCCUCCACAGAGCUGUGUCUACACUCUCCCCAAGAGGAAGCUCCAGACCUCUGAUAAGGGAACGUUCUACUGUGCUGUGGCUGCGUGUGGACAAAUCCUCUUUGGGAAUGGAACUGAAGUUAAAGAAGCAGGUUACAGAAGUACUGAUCAGAUGCAUGUGUUCUUGCUGCUCUCCAUUAUUAGAGUUGGAGUUUUUACCUUCAUGCUCAUUAUCUUUACAAUAAUCCUUAUAGUUUUAAAAUGAAGUUUAAAAUAAACAAUGUAUUAAUAGUAAUUACAGUGGACAUGAUUUCUGUGUAUGUGUGUGUGUGUGUGUGUGUGUGUGUGUGUGUGUGUGUGUGCUUAUAGAGCACCUGCACGUUUAAAGUGACUGUUUUAAAAAGCUUUAUGUUAUUAUGUUCUAAAUAAUAUUGCACAUGUACUUGUAAUGCACAGAUGGAUCUGUUCUUCAAAAAUUUUUGAGCCAAAAAGUUUCAGUUUUUAAUGCA